AUGACGCUACGAGAUGAUGAGAAAGAUGCCUCCUCCCAUGGACCUGUUGCCGUCCAGGAGACCAAUUACGGACCUCCUCCAGACGGCGGCCUCCAAGCGUGGCUCCAGGUCCUCGCAACACACCUCAUCAACGCCAUGACCUGGGGCUACGCUGCCUCGUUCGGCGUCUACCAGCUGUACUACGUCGAGACACUCGGCCUCCCAGCGUCCCAAGUCUCGUGGAUCGGCUCCGUGCAAAUCUUCUUCACCUAUGUCAUCUGCGCCGUGUCCGGCCGCCUCGCCGACGCGGGCUACACGCGCGAGACGGUCGCGGUAGGCACCUUCAUGGCCGUCUUCGGCACCUUCAUGACCAGCCUGGCGACGACGUACUGGCAAAUCUUCCUCGCCCAGGGCGUGUGCAUCGGCUUCGGCCUGGGCGUGGCCUUCAUGCCCGCCAUCUCCGUGCUGAGCUCCUACUUCGACAAGAACAGGGCCUUUGCGCUGGCCGUCUCGGCGGUCGGCACCUCGGUCGGUAGCGUGACGUUCCCCACGACGAUCCAGUAUCUGACGCCCAAGAUUGGCUUCCCCUGGGCGGUGCGCUGCGCGGGUUUCCUGGCGCUGGCCAUGGCCGUGACUGCAAACAUCCUGCUCAAGCCAAGGUUGCCGCCGCGCAAGUCGGGCCCUCUGUUUGAGAUUGGCGCCUUCUCAGAGCUGCCGUACCUCUUGUUCUCCAUGGCUGCGUUUGUAUACUUUUAUGCUCUCUACUUUGUCUUCUUCUAUAUUAACAGUUACGCCCGUAACGUCAUUGGCUUCUCCAACGUUGACUCCAUCAAUCUCCUCAUCAUCACGAAUGCCAUGGGCAUUCCCGCGCGGCCGAUUGUAGGAUUCCUCGCGGACAGAUACACCGGCCCCAUCAAUCUCUUCGUCACGGCCACCUUUGUGGUAAGCAUAAUGCUGUACUCCUGGAUCGGAGUCACAACCCGGACGGGCAUGUAUGUCUUUAGCGUUGUCUACGGCUUAUCUAUCGGGGCCAACCAGGGCACGUUCGUCGCGUCCCUGACAAGCUUAACCAAAGACCCGCAGAAGAUGGGCAUUCGAUUUGGUAUGGUAGAAACGCUCUGCUCGCUGGCGACGGUGGCCGGGGCUCCAACAGCAGGCGCCAUUAUUGAUCACAACAACGGCGACUUUUUCUGGGCACAGAUAUGGGGAGGAACUGUCAUGGCUGCAGCAGCGGUCAUCUUUGUAGCAUGUCGCAUAUCUGUGACCGGAUGGAGAUUCAAAGUCAAGGUUUAG